AUGAGUGAGAAAUUGACUGGUACAACUGAUGACCUCCAGGUUGCAGGAAUGACUGGAGAGAAAACUCAGUGGAAGCAGCUUUUAGAGACGUUGAGUUUCUUGCAGUGGGAGCUGUGUUUUCUUUUCUUAGGUCCAGCUUGUGUUAUCCUGCUGGUGUAUCUAAUGUUUACCUCUCUGUGGCCGCUCUCCACGUUUUACUUCAUUUGGCUGGUGAUGGACUGGCAAACCCCUGAAAGAGGGGGCAGAAGAACAACAUGUGUGAGGAAGUGGAGAGUGUGGGAGCACCUCAGAGACUAUUUUCCAGUUAAGUUGGUGAAAACAGCUGAACUGAAUCCAAAUAAAAACUACAUUUUCGGUUGUCACCCGCACGGUAUCAUGAGUGUUGGAACCUUUACCUGCUUUGCCACCGACAGCUGCAACUUCAGCCGAACAUUUCCCGGGGUGCGCCCCUCCUUGGCGACGCUGUCAGGCCUCUUCAGAAUGCCUCUGUACAGGGAUUACAUGAUGACUGCAGGUCUUGUUCCAGUCAGCAAACCAAGUCUUGCAUAUAUGCUCUCCCAAAAUGGUAAAGGAAAUGCAGUGGUGAUUGUGAUAGGGGGUGCUGCAGAGUCUCUAGCAUCCUCUCCUGGAGUCAACACAGUUGUCGUGAAACAGAGAAAGGGAUUCAUCAGGAUAGCCCUGGAGUUUGGGGCCAACCUGGUGCCCGUUUACUCAUUCGGGGAGAAUGAGCUCUUUCGGCAGGUGAUUUUCUCAGAGGGCAGUGUCGGCCGGAAACUACAGGGCCUGUUCAAAAAGAUUGCGGGUUUCGCCCCAUGUCUGUUUGUCGGUGAGCGCUUGGCUUUGUUGCCUUACAGGAUUCCAGUCACUAUGGUUGUGGGAUGUCCGAUCUCAGUUCCAAAGUGCACGACACCUUCUGAAGAAGAGGUGGACCACUACCACAAACUUUACAUGGAGGCCCUGUCCGAGUUAUUCCAUCAACACAAGGUCUCCUGUGGACUUUCUGAGAGCCAUGAACUUCAGAUUAUUUAGAUCUUUUCCUCCAUCAACUGCUCAUGUUUUGCUGCUUUCAAAAGCCCUACACUAAGAUGAGCUACGGUACACCUGGUUUGUUUCAGAAGACACUGUUGCAUUUGUUUACAUUUAAUGUGAAUAUGUGCCUUUAUAAUUUACAUGUGAACCUCAUGAAGUGGUACUGUGUUUUAAGAAAGUGCAAACAUGAUCUAAGCUUAUAUUUAAUUAAUUCAUAGGAUCCG